GGCGCGGUAGUGUGUGGGUGUGUGCCAAGCCCUUCUCCAGUGAUCCCUGUAGCCUCUCUUGCCUCUACUUGCUGCCCCCGAACAAAAUAACAGUUCUAUGUUAAACUCCUAAACCUGAGCUCGGUUAAAGUUUACUUGCAAAUUAAUGACAAUUUAUACCAUGAAACCAGCACCAACUGUGGACGUUUAUUGAACUGAAAUGUUUUGUUGAUUUUGUGAACGCGAUGUCUUGAAUUUGUCGUUCAGUAUUUGAUGGAAAUCUUGCCCAAUUGACGCCUUGACUCGUACAAACAAUUGAGGCAGCCAUGUUUGCCCUAAGCAGUGGCGUAUGGAGGGCAAGUGUCUCGUGGCUCCUGCUGCUUGUGUUUACACUGCAGGAGACGUCAGGGAGCUUGAAUUUAUAUCUCACCAAGGCUGAGGUGCAACGCAUUCUAGGUCUGAAAGCAGAGCUGUACUACGUACGCGAGGGAGUCGUCAACGAGUACGCCAUGGGCUGGAAUGUGCCCGUACAGGCUGACGUGCACGCACUGCACUUCAUUUGGCACGGCACCGACAGCACGCCCUUGCAGUACAACAUCGCUCUGAAGACAGAAGACAGUGAGAAGGACGACUCCCAAGACUCCAAAAGCAAAGAUCAUUUGGAUGAAAGUAAACCAAGUCGGAAGCAGAAGAAGAAAGACAAAAACGACGAGAGGAAGGGUCCUGUUGUGCUGGCUCCCCCUUACCUAAAUAUUUCAUUGUCGGGCAACGUGCCUACCAAACCAACAACUUUCACACUCCAUCUUCCGUGUACCGGAGCCGCGAGCGCUGAAGUCUAUGUCACUCUGAAUAUCAAUGUGACGUCGCACAGACCUUCCUUGCCACCGAUAGAACUCUAUUUUAGACGGAGGAAAAUUUGCCUUCAAGGUCAGUCUUCUGGUGCGUACGCCCCACACCAAGACCCCCAGGAGGAUCCCCCCGCCCUGGUAUCCCCAGCGCUGUACUACGGCCUGUGCGGCGCCGGGGCUCUCCUGAUGGUGGUGCUCAGCCUCCUGGGCGCCGCCUUCGUGAGGCGACGCGUCAGGGAGAAGAGGCAGCGCGACCACUGCACCCUUACGUCCAACUGCGGAAGCGACCAGAAAUCGCGAGUGGGCACCACUUCUUCCCUGCUAUCGCCCCUAUCAAACAACGUUUACACACCAACCAACCACACAUACACUCCAUCCACACACACCUACACACUUCCCUCGUCAGUAACGAGCAACUGUUAUGCGUCUCUUACGCAGCUGCCUGUUAGCCCCACGCAAACAUUGCCUCAUCCACCGACCCAAACACUGCCGAGGAACUCUUCCUCCUCAACGUCUGUACGCGAGCACAAUGCCUCUGCGGCGUCACUGUCGACGCCCGCUGGAAGUACUUCGGUUGCCUCCCUAACAUACGGACCUAUGUCAACGGCAUCUCUGUCUCACCCGGCAAGCAUCUCUGGGCCAAAGAUCUCCGGAUCUUUGGCUCGUGACUGCAGCCUCCCAACUUUCCGGCCCACGACCACAGGAUCUCUGGGAGGCUCCAAAAACUGCACACUCACCACGACGGCGUCUGGCGGCAGUCGCAACAGUACGAUAAAUAAACGCGAGCUUCUCGUCGACCCUUGCAUGGCGCAGAUGCAGGAGAACUUCAAGCACCUCCAGGUUGACAGACGACGCGUGCGUCUGACAUGCGUGCUGCUGGAGGGCCGCUACGGGCGACUGUACCGCGGUUGCAUCCAGGCGGACUCCCCUCAUCCUGACACUCAGGUGCUGGUGAAGACAGUGCAGUGCAGUGCAGGACAGCAGCAGGUACGACAGCUGUGCAGGGAGGUGGCGCGGCUGGCUAACGUGCAGCACAGAGCUGUGCUCUCCAUGGCCGCCGUGUCCCUCGCAGCCUCCGCUCCUCCACUUGUCAUCUUCCCCGACAUUGCCUUCCAUAACCUCAAAUUGUUUCUGAAGAGCAGAUCAGUGCACCUAACUCCUGGGGACCUGCAGCAGGUGGCACUGCAGGCGGCGCAGGCUCUGGCCUUCCUGCACUCCUGCAACAUCCUGCACUCUGAUUUUGCUGCACGCAACUGCUUCAUCACGGAUCAGCUGCAGCUGCGUGUAGCAGAUUCCGCCUUGUCUGACGACCUCUUCCCUGAGGACUAUCACGUGCUCGCCCCGGUCACGUCCAACGGCGACGCUGCCGCCAUCGUUCGGCCCGUGGCGUGGAUGGCGCUCGAGGCCAUCACUGAAGGCGUCACUUCACAGCCAGCUGAUGUGUGGUCUUGGGGAGUCCUGGCAUGGGAGCUCAGUACUCUGGCCCAGCAGCCGUACCAAGAUUUGUCACUGUCGCUGCUGCCAGACUACCUGAGGGACGGCUACCGCUUGGCUCAGCCUGCCACGUGUCCAGAUGUUCUGUACCAACUUAUGGCUUUCUGCUGGGCCAUCAACCCGCAGCAUCGCCCGCGAGCAGCGCUUCUGGUAGAAUAUUUACUGGGCCUAACUCAGCAACCUUUUUCCUCCCUAAACCAAACUUUGGUCCCUACAGUUCACGACUUCCAGCUUUCCAAUCACAUUCCAGCGUCGUCAUUCCUGCAUAAUUCAGCGUCGGUGGGUGCGGAUCUGAAGAGAUUGAACCAAGGAUACCACUCGACUUUAAUGAAUACAUCUGCUUCUUUGGGUGGCGACAUAAAAGCUUUCUCUCACCAAUUCCACUCGCAUUCCUUGAAUCCCUCGUCUUCUUGCGCGAUAUCCAAGUCUGACUUGAAGGGCCUCAGUCAACUGGCCCCGCAUUAUUCAAAGCCUGCUUCUUUAAUGGCCAACGGUGAAGAGAUGACCACCGAAGACGAAGAUGUCAACGCCGACGUUAAUGACACUUUAGGAGGUGACGUGUACAGCACUCCUAGCACGUCUGAAGGGGACAUGCAGCCCUGGAGAUUUUUUCCCCAACGUCUCCCCAAUGGAGCGAUCUCCGUACCACCGCCCUUGCCCCCUGCCAAUGGGUCUUUGCACCCUGUGAGGGCGCCUCGCCCCCCGCAACCUCUUCCGAACUCCAGCAACACCAUCGUCUUAUGACCGCAGUAUGAACUCCCAGAAGAUGCACGCAAAAAUAUCGUUUAAGACAAGAGUUUUUUAAUGUAUGUGCUGUGUCUUUCCAAUAGUUUUCUCUUCGUAAAUCUUUAAUUUCAUCGAAUGUAGAACCUCUAAUAUUUUCUAUAUAAACUUUGCGAAGAUUAAAGUGAGAAAAGUGUUUUGAAAAAAUUCCUCGGCAAUAUUAGUCAUGAAUCCGGCUCUGAGUUACAGUGAUCAACGUAUAAAUAAAUGCUUUGGAACUUCAUUGAGUAAUAUAUUAUAAUCUUCAUUGAGUGGUGUGCAGUUAGAUUACGAGUAAUCAAACUCAUGAGUGAUAUUAUAUGCGAUGUUUUUAUAAUCAUUAGUUUUGAAUAUCUAUCUAUCUUGGAUUUCUUGAUGUUGUUGCGGCAGU